AUGAUAGCCAAUUAUAGAAGUAGCAUAAUGCCAGAUUCCCCUGAUAUAAAAGGUCCUAUGAAUCCAACAACUACACCACCUAACAGUAUGGCUGGAUUAUUACCACAACCACGUCCUAUAUCUAAUAGCAGUAAUAUAUCAGUAAUGAAUGGUUCCCACUCACCAUUAAGUAGUUUAAAUGGUAGAACCCCCUCCCCACCAUCUAUGAUGAAUCCUGCAGUAGGACAACAAUUACCUCCAGCAUGUGGGGCCAGACAACUGAGUAAAUUAAAGAGAUUUUUAACCACAUUACAACAAUUUGGAUCUGAUAUUUCUCCAGAUAUUGGUGAACGUGUUAGAACUCUAGUCCUUGGCUUAGUGAAUUCACAUUUAUCUAUAGAAGAAUUUCACUCUAAACUACAAGAAGCCACAAAUUUUCCUCUCAGACCAUUUGUUAUACCAUUUUUAAAGGCUAACCUACCAUUAUUACAAAGAGAAAUGUUACAUUGUGCUAGAAUGGCUAAACAAACUCCUCAACAAUUCUUAUCUCAGAAUGAACAUGUGAUAUUUGACGCUGCCCAUUCACCUAUAGAAUCACAUGAUUCUUAUAACUCAGAAUUUAAUGAUAAUGGCAAGAGACGAUCUCCUGAAAGACCUAAAGAAAAUGGAAUAGACAAUCACCAUGAUAUGAAUCCAGCUAAGCGACAUCAUCCAAUGAGUCCAUUAGGCACUAACCACAUCAGUCCUAACAGCUCCCUGAGUCUGAAUCCCAAUGGACAAAUAAGACUAGAGGAUAUCAGUUUAUCUAGAGAAUUACGAGAAAGGGAAAGAUUAGAUAGAGAGAAAGUAGAACGAGAAAGGAUGGAUAGAGAGAGAGAAAGAGAAAGACAUUUCCCUAACUAUAAUUAUUCAAGAAAUGAAAGUUUUGAUCCAUUAGAAAGAUUUGAUGAUGAUUGGAGACAAGUUGAAUCUAUGUUACACUGUAUAAUUGGAAUGGUAGAUAAAACUAAGAGAGCUCUAGCUGUAUUACAAGAGAGAAGUUUACGAGAUCGCGAAGAAUUAUCAGUCUGGAUGAGACGCCAUGCCGAGGGAAUGGAUCAGGAUGUUAAAAAAAGAACCAAUGAUCUCAUGCAAUAUACCAGACGACAAACAGAAGAUAAAAUUCGAGAUGUUAGAAGUCGAGCAGAAGAAGCUGUAAAUGAGGUUAAAAGACAAGCAAUGUUAGAGUUACAGAAAGCUAUGACGGCAGCUGAGCAGAAGGCGUCUGAUUUAGUAGCAACUGAAAGAUUAAAGAUAGAUAGAUCUAUAACAGAAGCUAAAAAACAAGCUCAUGAAGAAGUGGCAGCCAUGAUAAACCAUCAGGAAGAAUCAAGUGAGAGUUGUUGGAACUGUGGAAGGAAAGCAAGUGAAACAUGUAGUGGUUGUAAUAUUGCGCGAUAUUGUGGCUCAUUCUGUCAACAUAAAGAUUGGGAAAACCACCAUCAUGUUUGUGGAAAAUCCCAAGUAGCUAGUAUUGCGGAGGCACGUGAUCAGAGGAGAUCUACGACUAAUAAAGACUCAACUGUUACUUCAACACCUCCUCCUCAAGUUAUACAGGAUACCCCAUCAUCUCCUAAUGGUACAGUGGACACUCAGUCUAAAUCUCGACCUACCACACCAACAGACAAACAAUCAGUACCAACAACAACCGAGGCAGCAACAGCACGUUAAAUUAACCAGCAGUGUACUGACACAUAAUCACUUGUUUUUCAUUUCUCUGUGGUGAUAUAGACAUUUUGUUUUAUUUCUCAAUAAAUGUUAAAUAUGGAUAUGGACUUGAAUAAGACAUGUAAUCGUGAUAGAAAUCUGUAUGAAGUCCAAGAUUGAAGACAUUGGAGUGACAAAGAUCAGAACUAACUAUUUGUGAAUGGUAAAAUUAGAAAUGUGAGGCAUAACACUAAAUAUUAUUGUUAUUGCGGGGCUAUUAUUAUUAUUGGAGGCAUUAUAUUAAUAUUUCUGUUAUAUCUAGUCACAGUUAAGGUUUUAAUUAAUACUAUAUUGAUUAUGGGUAUUGUAAAAGAUCUGAACUUUAACUGUAAAAAGCCAACAUAAUUUUUUAUCUCUAAUCAUUCUCUUAUGGGUGUGUGAAUAUUUUCUGGUUUAGGUUUAUAAAGAAAAGAGUUUGAAAUAAAAACUUAAGAUCUCAGGUUUUGGAUUUUGAAAAUUAUAUCACUUCAUGAUGUAAAAUGGUUCAUUUCUUGCAAUAUAAU